UGUGCAACAACUGCUUCUGAAAUUCUAAGCUCUUAAUCCACUUUUUCAUUGCGGAAUUCAUCAUUUUGCUUUGUUAAUUUGUACCGUGUUCAGUUCCGGGUUGCAAAAAGAGAGACAGUAAGAAAUGGAGAAGAGAUUGGUGUUAGUAGUAGCGAUAUUAGCGUCCAUGGUGAUGAUCAUGGAACGAAGUCAUAGUUGUUGUUAUGCAGCAGAUUCAAUAAUAGGAAAUGCGAAAGAGAAAGUUAACUUAGCGGCAGAUGAUGCAAAAGUGAAAGCAGGUGAGAUGAAAGAAGCAGCAUCAGAUACCAUGAAGGGUGCUACGGAUACUGGUGAAUCUUGGGUUGCCUGGGCGCGAGAAAAAUUAAAUGAGGGACUUGGAAUCAAGACAGAUACGGCCAAGGAGACUGCCCAGGAUAUGAUGAACAAAGCAGGAGAUGCAGCAUCUGGAGCAAAAGAUAUGGCAUAUGAUAAAGCAGGACCAACGUUAAAAAUGGCUUCACAAAAAGCUGGACAAGCAUCAGACAUGGCUCGUGAAAAAGCUGGUCAGGCAUCAGAAAUGGCUCAAGAAAAAGCUGCUCAAGCAUCCGAUAUAAUCCGUGAGAAAACUGGCCAAGCAUCAGGAAUGGCUUACGAGAAAGCUGGUCAGGCCUCAGACGUGAUUCGCGAGAAAGCUGGCCAAGCAUCAGAAAUGGCUCGCGAGAAAGCUGGUCAGGCAUCAGAAAUGGCUCGCGAGAAAGCUGGUCAGGCAUCAGAAAUGGCUGGGGACGCUGCAAAUUUAGCUGCAGGAAAAGCAGGAGAAAUGAAGGAAACAAUGAAAGGGAAAAUGAUGGAUGGUAAAGAUUCAGCAAAUCAAGCUUACGAAGAUGCAAAACAAAACGUAGGAAAUAUGUAUGACACUGCUGCUGCGGCUACUGGUUCAAUGAGUGAGAAAGCAAAGUCUAGUUACGAAACUGCUAAAGAAAAAGCUUCUCAAGCUACCGGUGAUUUAGGUGCCAAGAUGAGAGCUGAACUGUAAAUUGUUCACCACUUCUUUGUUUACUCAUUUUUGCUGCCAUGUUUUUGAUAGGGUUGCUGUUGUUGCUGUUCUUCUUUCUUUAAUGCUUUUGAUGGAUUGAAAACAUGCAUUAGGUCCAA